AUGUCUCUCAACCCAAAUUAUCUAAAACAAAAUGAACUCGCUUAUGAGAUUGCGAUUCGAGGUAUUGAGAUCCCGUCAUCAGUGGAUGACAAACGUAAAAUUUUGAGAGGUUUACUUUCACAAGAAUCCUCAGAUCGUAGUUUCACUGUCUUGUCUGAUCCUUUUUCCUUCAAAGAAAAUGUUGAAGGCAUUAAAGAGAGUUUAACAGAUUUGAAGGAGAUUUGCGCUAAGUUCAAUUCAAAUUCUCCUCAAAUUGAUCACAAACGUAUACUCACUCGUUUAACUCAUGUAACUGGUAGAAUUCAACGGCUAUCGGUUGAUAAAGAUGAUGAAUCUGCUAUCAGACAGAAUCUUUAUAAAGAAGUCCUUAUGUUGGAGUCUGAUAUAGCAGAAAAGGUGUCCCCUUCUGAAGCUCAUUUUCCUUCUACCUCAACACCUGUGAAGUCUGCAGGUUUGCAUCAUCCUCUGUCUCCUGUCAACGCUCCAACUAAUUCUAAAUGUAUACCUGUUUAUAAGUGGGGUUUAAAAAAGUUUUCGGGAAAGGAACCAUUAAUCCCAUUCUUGGAGUUGGUUGAGUCCCUUAAGGUUUCUAGAGGUUGUACAGAUUCGGACCUAUUCGACUCUGCUGGGGAUUUGUUUGAAAAUGAUGCGUGGACUUGGUGGCAUAACAACCACAUCAAGAAUCGUUUCCUGAACUGGAACGAACUCGUUGAUGCCCUGAAAUCCACAUUUUUGCAUAGUAAUUAUGACUCAAUGUUAUUGCAGGAUAUCAAAUCUCGUAAGCAGAAUCCUCGAGAGUCAGUUGCGCUGUAUAUCACUUUUAUGGAGGCACAAUUUUAUAGAUUAAAUAAAUGUCCUUCAGAGAUUGAAAUGGAUAUUGCAUCAGUAUCUCAGCUGACAUCUCUUUGUAGGAGAGUUGAGGAUGCUCUCUGUUUAAGCGUUUCAAAUCAGUUGGGAGAGCUCCAGGUGUCUGAAACUCGAUCUAAUGUCAGAUGUUGGAACUGUGGUGUGGAAAACCAUCGUUACAACGAAUGUAGGAAGUUGAGAACGCGCUUCUGCUUUGGUUGCGGUCAGAGGAACGUUAUCAAGUCCAACUGUCCUCGGUGUUCAAAAAACGAACAGAGGGUCCACAAUCCCGCAGGUAUUGGAGGCCCCUCAAGUCAAAAACCUGCUCCAAAACCGAAACAGAAAUCGAAUCAGAAGAAGAAUUAA